AUGAAAGAAUCAAAUGAAUCAGUGACAGAAGGACCAAUUGCUGGAUCCAAAGAAUAUUUCAUUUCUCUGAUUUUAAAUCAAUCGAUUUUCAAAACUCAUUGGGAAAAGUCAAAACAAUCAUCAGAGAAUCAUUGUUCUGGUUAUAAUACACUUGUAUGUAAAGACAAUACUGAAUUAUACUUCACUCUGAAGAAUAUGGUAAGAUGUUGUACAAUCAAUCAAAAGACUUUUAAUUAUAAAUUGAUGAGAUCUUCAUCAACAUUCAAUUAUUUUGAAGUUACACAAUUAGUUAUGAAUUCUUCAGAAACUUUAAUGGCAUUGGUUGGAAAUUUUUCAAUUCAUAUUAAUACAUUACCUAAAUUAGCCAUGGAUGAUCCUACUAGCAGUUGUAUUAAUAAUGCAGUAUAUGAGAUUCAUAAUAUCAAUGGUAGAGUUAAGAAAGUUCUUUGGCAAUCCAUUGCUCAGAAUGAUCAAGUAUUAGUUGUUUUGAAUGAUAAAUCUGAAAUCAGAGCCUAUGAUGUACUUAAAUCACCUCAUAAUCCUCAAUUAUCUAUUGAUUUGAAACAAUUCCCCGAAUUCACCAAUCAGGUAGCUACUUCAAUGGCUUUUGGUUCUGUUAAAAAUUUAACUGGGGCAUUGACUUUAUAUGUUUCUACCGCAUCUCAUGUUUAUGCAAUUUAUCCAUUCACAGCAAGACAUGCCAACAUUGCAACUAGUUUAGAAUCUAUCAAUAUUGCAUUACAAGAGACUAAAACUGCCAUGGAAUUAAUUCAAGAAAAUUUCCCUGGUAGUUUACUUGAUACUGCUUCAAGUGAGAUUCAUAAAGCUGCAUUAAAACAAUAUGAAUAUUAUACAUAUCUUAAAAAUCAAUUAACUUCUCCAUCAGCAAUCAAAACUAAGGAUGCGGUUAGAUUUCCAAAUUCAUCCCAAGCAUUUCAACCAUAUACUUUAUAUCAAGAAUUAUCCAGUUGGCAAGCACCAAGUUUACAAGGGCCAAUUGCAACUGCCACCAGUGGGAAUACAUUACCAAUUGAAGAUAUUUAUUCAUUCGGUGAUAAUGAGCAUGUUAGUUUACUUGCGUCAGUUUCUUCAAUUAGAAAGAAUGAAGGUACUACGAUUACAUAUUAUGCUCAACUUUCACCAAUAUUAAUGAAGUACAAAAUGUUGGGCGAGGAUGGACAACAGCAACAACGACAAGCGGCUGCUGUUGCUGCUUCUUCUCCUAAAGUUCCGAAAAAGAUGUCAGUGAUUAGAUCGAAAUAUAUUAAGCCAAAGCGAGGAUUUGGAUUUAUAGAUCUCGCUGAGAAAGAUGAAGAGGAAGCCAAAGCAGAAGCAGAACAAGCACAAGAAGUCAAUUUAUCAAUUGUGAAAUAUCAACAAGAAAACAAAUUCUGGCAAGAAGAAUUAUCAGUCUUGGAUAUCUUACAAACUGAUGCAAUUCAACUUCAAAAUUCAAGUAAUCGUGGAUCAUACUUUGGAAAAUUGGAUGAAUAUAAAUUCGCAGUAGUCGUUGAUUGUAGUUUAGCAAUUAUUGAUUGUUCAUGGGUUAAAUCCUUAGUUUCACAAUUAUCCCAAAAGAAUCCCGAAGAACUUGAUCUUGAAAUCAAUAGUACUUAUAGCAUAGCUACCGCUGGUGCUGAUUUAAUUACUUCAUUCGCAUACAUUAAAGAUAUAGUUGCCGGUACUGGUGAAUAUUUACUUGUGAUUAGAAAUAGUAGAGAGCAAGAUUUAGAAAUGAUUCAUGUCGUGGAUACAACCCCUGAAGAAACGAUUGUUGAACUUAAAUCCGAAUUCAAGAGAAUUGAAUUACCUUCAAUACGAGUAUCUAAUGAACCAUUUGAAGAAAUCACACAAGAACUUAGUUCAUUGGCACUUGUUAAGAUUGGCGAGGAUGUUUCUAAACAGAUUGUGGAUCAACCGAUUGAAAGUAAAGGAGAAUAUUUAGCCGGAAUGAAUGAGGUUUCGAUGGAUGUUAUUAGUGUUGUGACUAAUUAUACUAGUUUCGGGAUUAAAUUACAAUCAAGGAUUCUCUCACAAUUAGAUGCAUUAAAAUCUCAAGCUUCUAUUGUUUUAAAAAUGAAGGAGCAAGUUACUGAAGAUGAUAAAUUGAGUAAACAACAAGAAAAGAUUGAUGAAUUGAUCAAUAAUCAAGAGACAUUAAAUAAGAGAAUGGAUGACUUACUGCAGAAGAUAUUUGAUUCGAUUCAGAAAUAUAGAAGUUCAAAAUCUCUUCCAAUUUCAGAAGCUGAACGUGGAUGGUUUAAUGAAAUAAAUGCCAUAAAUGCAAAUGUUAAUCUUGGAACCAAAGAAGAUGAAAGUAUAGUUAAAAAAGUUGAAAAUUUACAAAAUCAAGUUGAAACAAUUAUAAAUAAUGUUAAAUCGGGAAAAAUUAAAGAAGUCGAUCAUUUAAAACAAUUGGAGUUACAACAAAGAUUGAAUAAAUUAAAAACUUGGUUACAUCAUGAAAGUUCAAUGAUUGAAUCUCUAAAAUCUAAAUUACAAAAAUCAUUACAAACCGUGGAUGCUUUAAUUUAA